AUGACGCGAGAUACGCUUCUUAUGAAAACUACCGAUUGUUGUAUUAAACCUCCCGUGAGAUCUCGAUCGGGAUGUCUGACAUGCCGGCGGCGGAAAAAGAGAUGCGAUGAGCGUCGCCCUUCCUGCACUGGCUGUCAGCGUAACCGCCUUGAAUGCCAGUGGGAAUCUGUUGACUCGAUUGUAUGGCCCAAACGCCGGAAGACAAGGGCGGGAUUGGCCGAGAAAUUACUCCCUGACCAGGCACAAGGAAUGGUGAACGUGUUCUCAGUCCUAACGCCCGACAUAGUCUCCCGCUUGCUCCGUCACUUCCUCAACGCUAGCCCAAGAUGGUUAUCAACUAGAACUGGAUCUCGAAGGACAGACUACUUGAAGUGGCUUUCUCCUGCUCUAUCAAAGAGUCAUGUUGUGCGCAGUUGCGUCCUUGCAAUAGCUGCGGCGGAUUUGCUCAAAUACUACCGUAACCACCCACAAUUACAGCAUGCCGCCGCUGAAUACUACGGUCAAGCUGUGUCUAGCCUCAGAGGAGCAAUUGAGAGCGAAAUGGCCCUCGCUUCGCUAUCUGGCGGUUUUCUUUCUGGUACAAAUCAUCUCCAAGCAUCCAUUCCAUAUUUCGCUAAUAUGAACCUAGACUACACUCCGCUGUCCGUCCUGUUGCUAUGUCUACAUGAGACUCAAAAUUUUACGAGCCGCGAGAGAAUCCUUCCGCACCUCAAUGCAGCGGCUUUUAUGCUGCAAAAUCGCAUUCACUGCGGCAGCAUGAACACUGAGUUAAGAGGAUAUUUAUUUGAGAUGUUUUGCUACUUUUUUGCCUUAGCUCGUUUCUCUUUGGGUUCCAAACUAUUGAUCGCACAAGCGGAUCCUAUCUUCGCCUCCCCGUCAAUCAUCCGCCUAAUUCAGCACGGGCAUAUCAUGGGAACCUCACAGUCUUUGUUCAUCGCCAUUUACCGCAUAUCCCGUCUGUCCCAUAACUUGCAGUCUAGCAAAUCUGCCGACGUGCUUCCCGCACGACAGGAACUUUUGCUGAUGGACCAAGAAUUAAGGGCCUAUCAAAGCCAGCUCACCCAUGAUAAUACUAUGGACCAGGAGCAUCUCAAUGAUGUCAUUACAUCGAACCUGUACAGUUUGGCAUGCCGCAUCCACAUCAAGGCACUCUUUCCACCACAUGGGUCAGACGACAAAGACAUAGUUCACUCUCUGGUGGAUGAGUUCAUAAACAACUUACAGCACCUUCCUCCGCACUCGCCUUCGCAAAACAUACUGUGCUGGCCACUAGUUGUUGCGGGCCUGUCCGCAAGAAAUUCUGCACAUCAACGUAUCAUCGUUGCAAAGCUGAACAAUAUACACGAAGAGUGGAAGUCAGCCGUCUUCUCGAAAAGUGCUGAUUUCCUGCGAGACAGUGGCGAAGGGAUAGGGAGAUGA